CGGCAGCGUAGAGGCUGAAUCCCAAAUCCAAAUUUAGUCCAUCGUGCACUACAUAGCGUAUGAACUAAAUGUUUUUAGAUUCUAUGUAGUGCACUAUAUGGAUAAUUGGGAUCCGUUAAGGAUUGAGCCAUAAGUGAGGAAAUGGCGGUAGCGAGAGCGUAUUUGUUUGUUUUCUUUUUCUCGGUAUUUUUGAUUGUAUCAUGGAAGUUUUCAGUAAUAGGUGUGAAGGAUGCAGUGAGGUUAGCAGGUCGUGGGCUGCUGUUGCUCAGUGUGUUGACUUGGAUGAGCUCCUGCUUGUACCCCAGACUCAGAUCUUACCUGUGUCCAGCCACUCCACUGCCAGUGGAAGGUCCUGCUGAAGAUGCACACAGUAGAUUUAAACAGGAAAAAGCAAGACGGGAGCAACAGCAUCAACACAGUGCUAAGAGCUGGGAAAAAUCUAAACAAAAGCCUGAAAUGAAUGAAGCAGAUCCUUCAGAGAAAUACCUUGAGGCAGUAGUGAAGCCCCGACAGGAAGCAGUACUCAGGAAGGCAGAGGAAGACUUCUAUCGUAUGACGGGACAAAGCUGGAAACUCAGCCAGGGUUUCACACUAGGAGGGGAGGAACAGAUGAUGGCAAACACAGAUGGCGAUGAUGAGACUCCUAGCCAGAGGGCCGCAAGGAAGCGAAAGGAGCUAGAGGCACCGAAUCCGGCUCCUGUCCAGACACGACUCCCCAACGUAAAAAAGAUCAUAACCUUACCUGAUGAACCUGCAGAAGACGCUAAUGGGGUUGUAAAAAUUGCUCUGAGAUGUCCCAGUGGAAGAACAGUCCGAAGAAGGUUUUUGAAAACAUGCAGAUCUACAGUCCUUUUAGACUGGUUGCACAAGUCUGGAUACUCUCCCACUCUUUAUGCCUUGUACACAUCGUACCCCAGGGGUCCACUGCUCACACGAACAGACCUCAGCAUGGAAGAUGUCGGGAUCAUCACACACACCACUCUUAAUGUGGAGGAAAAAGAUCCGUCCACAAGUUAAUACCAUCCUCAGGUCUUUGUGAAGUUAGUAGUAGUUGAAUUAAGGCACCUGGACCUUUGUUUAUAUUGAAAUAUUAGAUGGACAUAAAGCUUCUAAUAAAAGUCCAUCCACCUUUGAUGGAGCUAUUAGACACAAUUAAAUGGAAAAUACCAUUGAUUUCAGUCACUUCUGGUUCUGUAACAUUUCAAUUACAGAAUAAAAAUCGUAGCAAAAAUCUCUAACAAAGAGAAACACUUGGUAUAAACUGUACAAAUCUAUUGAGUGAUCUUAAUGAUGCUUAAGGAUGGGCAAAAUGACAAUUUGAUAUUGAUAUUGUACACUGUAAUAUGCUUUUCUCCACUUUUAUAACAUUUGCUGGCAAUUUGUUAGCAAACCUACAGUCCCAUCUGAAAGUACUGGAACUGCAAGGCUAUUUCUUUUGUCUUCUACACUGAAGACAUUUGGGUUUGAGAUCAAAAGAGGAAUAUGAGACGACAGAUCAGAAUUUCAGUUUUCAUUUCCUGAUAUUUACAUCUAGAUGUGUUAAACAACUUAGAACAUGGCACCUUUGGUGGCAGACCACCCAGUUUUUAGGUGAGCAAAAGUAUUGGAACAGACAGCCUUAAAAUAAAUAACAUUAAUAUUUGACUGCAUGUUCCUUUGCAUGCAAUAAGUGCAUCAGGCCGGUGACCCACUGACAUCACCAAACUGUUGCAUUCUUCUUAGUGAUGCUUUUCCAGGCUUGUUGUGGGGGGUUUCUCUCUUAAGUCUCCUCUUCAGGAGGUGAAAUGCAUGCUCAGUUGGGUUAAGGUCUGGUGAUUGACUUGACCCGUCUAAAACCUUCCACUUUUUUUCUCAUGAUGAAGCCCUUUGUUGUGUUAGCAGUGUGUUUUGGGUUAUUGUCUUCAAAUUAGAAUUGGAUGCAUUUCUCUGUAAAUUGGCAGACAGAAUUCUGUAGACUUUCUGUAGACUUCUGAAUUCAUUCUGCUGCUACCUUCAUGAGUUACAUCAUCAAUAAAGAUUAGUGAGUCUGUUCCAGAAGCAGCCAUGCAAGCCUUUCUUUCUCCACACUUUGGUAGAGGUUAAUCUUGGUUCCAGAACAUUGUGGCUAAUCUCUAUUUCUUUGCAAAUUCCUAUCUGUCCUUCUGAUACUUACUUGAUGAAUGGUUUGUGUCUUGUGGUAUGGCUCUAUAUUUCUGCUCUCAAAGUCAUCUUCGAACAGUGGAUUGGGAUACUUUCAUCCCUGCCCUGUGGAGGUUGUUGGUGAUGCCACUGACUCUUGCUUUUUGGGUUUUUCUUCACAGCUCUCACAAUGUUUGUCAUAAACUGCUGUUGCUUUCCUUGGCUGACCUGUUCCAUGUGUGGUUGUUAGUACACCAGUGGUUUCUUUUACUUUCAGGAGAUUCCAAAUUGUUGUAUUGACUAUGUCCAAUGCUUGUACAAUGGCUCUGGUUUUCCCUUUUUUCUCAGCUUCAAAAUGGCUUGCUUUUCUCUCCUAGACAGCUCUCUGGUCUUCAUGUUGGUUUAUCCUUUCUAAUAACAAAUGCAGUUUUUAUAGACGAAACCCAGAGUAGACAUUCAUAUCUAUUAAUUGUUUAAACAAUCAAUCUAACAGCGCACACCUGGGCAACAGGAAACACCUGUCAGUCACAUGUUCCAGUAUUUCUGAUCACCUGAAAAAUGGGUAGGUUCAAACAAAAGGUGCCCACUUCUUGUAUAACAUAUCUAGAUGUAAAUAUCAGGAAAUGAAAGCUGAAAUUCUCUUGUCUUAUAUUCAUGUUUUGAUCUCAAACCCAAAUGUCUUGUAAAUGUAUUGCAAGAACAAAAGAAUUGGCCUUGCUGUUCCAAUACUUUCAGAGAGGACUGUAAAUAAUAUGAUAAAUAUUGUGGAUCAUAAAAAUGUCUUCAAGAACAGUGAAUGUUUUACAUUUCACCCACCCUUAAUGUUGGUCACCACCCAUUAUGUAACCCACAUAAUGAUAUUGCUGUAGGAAGUGAAACAUGUGGCAAAAACAAGAAUGUUAUUGAGCAAAUCACUAAACAUAAUGCUCACAUGGUAAUCACACAGGCACCCUGUUUACAGGAAUAAUUCAUUUUGUUUUAUUUUAAAGAUUAAUUAUUAUAAAUGAUUAAUUUUGUAUGUAAUACAACAUUGUAUUACACUGUAUGUAUAUAAAUUAAUUAUUAAUUAAUCCUGUAUUUGCAGUGGAACAGUUUCGCAAGCAUGUUGAUCAAAGGUAGAUGUUCUUGCAUGCAAUGAAAAUGAAGUUUACCUGACACUAGGGAUCCGGAAAGAGGGUUUGAAAAAGCAUAAACUCAACCUUGGAUUGUAGCUUGUUCUUAGCUACCUUAACUCUAGAUAUGUGGAAUCAAAAUUGUACACAUUCACAGCAAAGUUUAAAAGCUCUGUAUGUAGAGCUCUAAAAUUGUGAUAAAUUAUGGAUUGCAGUGAAGGAAAACAAGUGUGCUUAAUGUUAGAACCAAAUGAUUUUUAAUAAAGGCAAAAAAGGGAAUAGGUCAUUAUUUAAAAAAAAAAAAAAAAAAAAAAAAAAGAGUAGAAGUAAACUUCAAAUGGAAAUUGCAGAGCCAAACUAUUAGAGGGCUACAGUUGAAUCAAUACAUUAAAGAAACUGGUUUGGUUUGUGCUUAAAAUACCAGUAUUAACCUAAAAUUACACAUCUUAUGAUUUCCCCAUAUGAUGCUCAUCAUUCCGCAAAGGAAAAAAAAACAAAA